ACAUAUACCAAGGAAGUCAUUGUGGUAUCUCCCAAUUACACCUAGACUCAAAAGGUUUUAAGUGUAGAAAAACUGCUAAACACAUGAUAUGGCACUUGAAUUGUGGUGGUGUAUCUGAAAAGAUUAUGCAUCUUGCCGGUGCUGAGGCAUGGAAACACUUCGAUCGCACCUACCCCGACUUUGCAUCAGAUCCAAGGAAUGUCAGGCUUGGAUUGUGCACAGAUGGGUUCACUCCAUUUCGGCAUACAUCCGCCCCGUAUUCAUGUUGGCAUGUAUUUUUGACUGUCUACAACCUGCCUUCAGCAAUGUGUAUGAAAUCGAAGUCCAUCUUUCUUUCUUUGAUAAUACAAGGUCCUCAAAGUCCUGGAAAAAACAUUGAUGUUUUGCUACGGCCACUGAUUGAUGAAUUAAAGGAACUUUGGUAUAAUGGGGUGAAGACAUAUGAUAGUUUUAGGCAUGAACAUUUCAUUAUGAGAGCAGCACUUAUGUGGACAAUUACUGACUUCCCUGGAUAUGAUAUGGAGAUUUGGCAAGGGAAGAUUGUAGAAACAAUAUGCCAACUUGAAAGAAUCUUCCCUCCUUCUUUUUUUGAUUCGAUGGAGCAUCUAGCAAUUCACCUUUCAUAUGAAGCCAAGGUGGGGGGACCAGUGCAAUUUCGUUGGAUGUAUCAAUUUGAGAGGGCAAAAAGUAUUAUUGAGAUGCCAGAUGAGCAAAAAGACCAACACGAUGAGCAAGAACCCAUUUUUCAAGAUGAUGACCCUCUACCUCCCCAACCAAAUGAAACCGAUUUGAUAUUCUAUCAACCUAUUCAACAUACUGAUGCGACUAUAAAUGCCAUUAAUGUUGAAUUUGAGGAUGUGAAUGAUGACAGAGAAUUUAAGGAUGAGUAUGAGGAGGAAGAAUUUGAAGAUUAUUCUACAUCUGAGGAAGAUAAUAUUGGAUACAUUUCUGAAAUGAAUUGCUUACCUGGAUCAUGUAGGGGUAACAAAUCUGAUAACGUUGCCACCCAAAAGCCUACCAGAAAAAAUCAAUCACAAGCAACUAGAUCUUCUAGUACUAUUGUCCAAGAGAGCCCGAUGGAGACACGUGAUAAUAGCAGUGACACUAAUUCAAGUGCACCCUCGCCUCUUCACCCAAAAAAGGGGCGAGGUAUUGCUAAAUUGCAAAAAAUGCCAGAGGAUCCAUACCAAAAGCUGAGCAUAAGGAAUUGGAAUGGGAAAAAAUUACCUAAACAAGUUCGAAAGGAUAUUUCAAUCAUUCUUAAGUCCAAUAUGCGAGAUGCAUAUACAGUGUAAUAUCCCAAAUUUUCGGGAAUAUUUAAGUGUAAGUUAAGGACUUGAUUGUGGAAAAAUAUUGUUUUGGGCUUAAGAGCCAAAAUAUCCAAAGUUGAGGGGCUUAAAAGAGGAGAAUUUGGAUAAGGAUGGCUUAUUUCUUUUCUCCCUUUUCCUCUUUCUUCUCCAGCUCGUUUCUGCUCUUGUCUUCCCGCUGCAGCCCAAAAAAAAAAGAAGAAAGGGAACCCAGCCAUGCCUUGGAAAACCGAACCCGUGAGCUUCUUCUCCAAAUUGCCGCCGGCUUCUCUUCCCCCUGCAGCUCCGGUUUUAGCUGGAAAAUUCUGGUAUG